CCAGGGAGUCCGGCGAGUCGCUGGGGGAGCGGAGCAGACACCGCGCGCAGCCAGAGCUCGGCGCUGGGAUCCAGUAGAUCCGAGCCUGACGGAUCGGAGCCACAGAUCCGAGACGUAGAUCGGAGCCAGGGCGUGGAGGGGUGGCAGCGAGGGGAGGGUCUCUGCUCCUGGAGGUUGGGGCCAUGGCCUCCAUGCUGCUCGCGCGGCAGCUGGCCCGCAGCUGCCAGCACAGCUUCCACCUUCUGGUGCCAGGAUCCAGACACAUCAGUCAAGCUGCAGCCAAAGUCGAUAUUGAGUUUGAUUAUGAUGGUCCUCUGAUGAAGACGGAAGUCCCAGGGCCUAGAUCUCAGGAGUUAAUGAAGCAGCUGAACAUGAUUCAGAAUGCAGAGGCUGUGCAUUUCUUCUGCAAUUACGAAGAGAGCAGAGGCAACUACCUGGUUGAUGUGGAUGGCAACCGGAUGCUGGACCUGUAUUCUCAGAUCUCCUCUGUCCCCAUAGGUUACAGCCACCCUGCCCUGGUGAAACUCCUCCAACAGCCUCAGAAUGCGAGCACAUUCAUCAACAGACCUGCCCUCGGAAUCCUGCCUCCCGAGAACUUUGUGGAGAAGCUCCGGGAGUCCUUGCUAUCGGUGGCUCCCAAAGGGAUGUCCCAGCUCAUCACCAUGGCCUGCGGCUCCUGCUCCAAUGAAAAUGCCUUCAAGACCAUCUUCAUGUGGUACCGGAGCAAGGAAAGGGGGCAAAGGGGCUUCUCCAAAGAGGAGCUGGAGACCUGCAUGAUUAACCAGGCCCCUGGGUGCCCUGACUACAGCAUCCUCUCCUUCAUGGGCGGAUUCCACGGCAGGACCAUGGGUUGCCUAGCGACCACGCACUCCAAAGCCAUUCACAAGAUCGACAUCCCUUCCUUCGACUGGCCCAUUGCACCCUUCCCACGGCUGAAAUAUCCUCUGGAAGAGUUUGUGAAAGAAAACCAACAGGAAGAAGCCCGCUGCCUGGAAGAGGUGGAAGAUCUAAUUGUGAAGUAUCGGAAGAAGAAAAAGACGGUGGCCGGGAUCAUCGUGGAGCCCAUCCAGUCAGAGGGAGGAGACAACCACGCAUCGGACGACUUCUUCCACAAGCUGCGAGACAUUGCCAGGAAGCAUGGCUGUGCCUUCUUGGUGGAUGAGGUCCAGACUGGGGGGGGCUGUACUGGCAAGUUCUGGGCUCAUGAGCACUGGGGCUUGGACGACCCAGCAGAUGUGAUGACCUUCAGCAAGAAGAUGAUGACCGGCGGCUUCUUCCACAAGGAAGAGUUAAGGCCCAACGCCCCAUACCGGAUCUUCAACACCUGGCUGGGGGACCCAUCCAAGAACCUACUGCUGGCCGAGGUCAUCAAUGUCAUCAAGAGGGAAGACCUGCUGAGUAACGCGGCGCAUGCCGGGAAGGCCCUGCUCACAGGGCUGCUGGACCUCCAGGCCCGGUACCCCCAGUUCAUCAGCAGAGUGAGAGGCAGAGGCACCUUUUGCUCCUUCGACACUCCAGAUGAGUCCAUACGUAAUAAGCUCAUCUUAAUGGCCAGAAACAAAGGUGUGGUGUUGGGGGGCUGCGGCGACAAAUCCAUUCGUUUCCGACCCACAUUGGUCUUCAGGGAUCACCAUGCUCACCUGUUCCUCAAUAUUUUCAGUGACAUCUUAGCAGACUUCAAGUAAAGAAGCCAUUUCCGCUGCACUCUGAGAAAGCCCUGAUCUCAACAGUUGUCAAAUUGAUUAGUUUGCCUAAUUCAUGUUUUCACUUAAAAUUGAGUCAGAGGUGA